AUGUCUGGGGACGGGGCUAGAAUCGCGAAAGUCAGGAGACUGGGGUUUGGCAGGGCAUGCAGCAAUUGUCGUCAGAAGAAACAUCGGUGCGAUGGCCUCAAGCCACAGUGUUCAGGCUGCCUGAGUCGAGGCCUCUUCUGCACAUAUCUCAGCAAGUAUGUUGAAGGCGAAUGGUUCAUUGGCUGGACGUGCCUUGUUGCUGAUGAUUCAUUUAGGAAAAAUGCAAGCCUCGACAAAUCAGCAAUUCGCAAUGCUUCUACUCUCAGCUCCGGCCGGCGUACGAAUCCAGUCAACGAAGUGUCAUCACUGGCUACUCCUCAAGACCAUAGCCCGAAUGUGCGAGGCACUGUCUCUGGGUCGCCCGACUCAAUGCUCUACAAUCACUGCCUGAGCACUCCCGUCCAUGGCCGAGAGACUUCAGCAGAAUUAAUGGCGAACCCUGCAAAUGAGCCAAGCGGAUAUUUUGGCGAUUCGUCUGCUUUCAAGUUCGUUUCUGGGGUGCGAGACGAGCUCCGGCAACAGGCUAUGACGAAUCUGGACAGUGACUCGACUGUCAGCGUCCAGGAAAGCGCCACGAAUAUUGCAUCUUUAACCCCUGGAGAAAGGCGCAGAUAUGACAUGCUGCCGCCCAGGAAGCAUGCCGAUGAUCUCGUGGAUGCUUACUUCGAGCGGGUACAUCUCCUGUACCCAUUCAUCCAUGAACCCACUUUUCGAAAUCAGUAUGAGUGUCUGUGGGCGGACCGAACGUCGUGCGAAGUGGCCUGGCUGGCAGUGGCCAAUAUGGUUUUCGCGUAUGGAUGCGAAUUCAAUUCAUCAAACGGGGAACUGGACUGCUCGGAGCGCGCUUCACCUUAUGUUGGACGCGCCAAGAGCAUUAUCCUCUCACACGUCUUCGAGGACUUCAAUUUGCACUUGACCCAAGGGAUGCUGCUGCUCUGCCAUUACCUUCAAGGCGCGCUGAAGUUGAAUGAAUGCUGGAACUUCUUUGGGCUGACCAUUAGGAGUGCAAUGAGUAUUGGCCUCCAUAUCGACCCCAUGAACGACCACACACUGUCACCCACAGUCCGCGAAGCGAGGAAGCGUCUCUGGUGGGGGUGUUUUGUCCUGGAUAGGACGCUCAGUAUGAAAUUUGGACGACCGCCAUCAAUCAUCCUCGCCAAUGCCCUUGAUGUGGAUUUCCCAUCGGAGGUCGACGAUCAAUACAUUGUCGACUCGGUCCGUGUGCCACGGCAGCCCAGCAACAAGCCUUCAAAACUUUGUACAUUUGUUCAGACCAUCAAAUUGUCUUUCGUGAUUGACAAAAUCCUGUCAAUGCUCUAUCUGAAACAGGGCAAAGCGGCUAGAAAAUCAGAAGAAUCGGGAAAUAUAAAGGAGCAAUAUGCCGUCCUCGGUAACAUCGUCCUCCUAGAUGGACAAUUACAAACUUGGUGGGACAAUGUACCAUCUCAUCUCAAGAUCACGCCGGAGAUCUCGGAUGGGAUCGAUGCUCAACGGCAACGCCAUGUCAUCUACCUCCGAUACCUCCAGAUGAGGCUCCUGCUCCAACGACCGUCCAUGAUUCUACUUGCCAAAAAUGACUUCCCCGACGACUACCUCAAAGCUCUCGCAACGGCCUGCGCCCAGCGAUGCAUCGCCAUGGCAAGAGAAACCAUCCAAGAAAUCUCUUUGCUAUACCAUAAGCAGUUACUCCAUUCGGUGUGGUACCUUCUUCACUAUGUGUUCUGUUCACUUGGAGUCCUGUUGACUGCACAGAUGCUGGGCCUUUGCUCCUAUGAUGAGGCGUCAACGGCUCAAGACACUGUCAUCGUCAAGUCCGGUAUGGCUUUCCUUCGCUCGGUCAGCGAGCAUGGAUCUUUGGCGCGACGCUAUGUCAUGCUUUUGGAGCGGUAUUACCGUUCUGCGGGCGAGAACGAAGACAUGCGGUCUUCCGACACGGUCGAGUCCGAAACUCCCAACGGUAUGGCGACUGAUGCGGUGUAUCCUCAGGUGCAUCGAGAACCAGAUGCUCCUCACGCAGCUUUGCCGGCACUCGAACACCUUGGAUCGGAUCACAUGCUUGCCAACAUGAACUUUCCCGAUCCUAAUGGUUUCUUGUUUGGACUAGGGCUACCCGAAGAGUUUCUGACUACGGACUGGCCAUUUUUUGAACCUCGAAUAAGUUUGUAA